AUGCUGACGUUUCUGCCCCUAGAGGAGAUCAAGGGGAUCGAGGAGGCCAUGGCGCAGCCCGGUUACGUGCCCAAUACCGCCCAGCGGCGCCUGGCGGAGGCCCUCACCGAGUUCGUCCACGGCCCCGAGGGCCUCGCCACCGCCCUCAAGGCGACGGAGGCGCUGCGGCCGGGCGCGGCGACCGAGCUGGACGCGGCGACGCUGGAGGCCAUCGCGGGGGACGCCCCCACGUGCAGCCUCAAGCGGGAGCAGGUGGAGGGGCAGCUGCUCGUGGAUGUGGUGGUGGCAUCAGGCAUGCUGCCCAGCAAGGGCGAGGUGCGUCGCAUGGUGAAGAACGGCGGCGUGUACCUCAACAACGCAAAGGUCGCCGACGACAAGAGGGCGCUGACACCCGCUGACCUCAUCGACGGCCGCCUGGCGCUGCUGGCGUGCGGCAAGAAGAACAAGAUGCUCGUCAGGGUCGAGUGA